AUGGAUUUUAAGUUAUUCUUGAUAUUUGUGGUAAUACUGAGCGCCGUAUACCAAGGUCCUGCUGUUUAUCGGAACCUUACGUGUGUGGAAUACGAGCUAGGAUAUGUCGAACGAAUGCUUUAUUACUUAACCACAAGAGAAAUGGUGACGAUAUGCCCCACACGAGCAGAUUUGAUAUGGAGAAUUGGAAAUGAAGUGUUCUGCACCUUCCUGAGCGUGCUUUUAACCCUGAUCCUGAGCUAUACGCCUCUUGUCGAAAACAUCACCAAAGAGCGCUCUUCAGCCGUGGUUACAAUGUUCCAGAAAUGGAGAAAUGGUAUUUAG